AUGAAUAACUCCGAUGACAGGAUCAAACCCUUUGAACCUAAAAAGAAAACUUCUGAAGAGUCUUUGGCUACUAGGAACGAAAAUCGAAUCCAGAUGAAUGUUAAGGCUGAGGAAUUGAUUUCAAAAUUGGAGCGGAUUAAAAGGAAGAGAGAACAACUUAACAAUCGAAUCCGGGGCGAUGAAGAAAUUAAUCCUCCAGUCAAAGUUCCAAGAGGCAUCAACUUUUUUGAUAUUGAACGACUUGCGGAUGUAGCUGCGGAACAUAACGUUACUGUAUUAAAUUUGGAUAAAUUUAUUUGCGCAACUGAUAAACGAAAGAUUAUUUAUAAUGAUAGAGGUGUCUGUAUUUUCUGCGAUGUUCACGGUGUUCGACAAAUGAGUGAUAAACAUGUAGAGGAUGAGGAUUGCCCAUUUUUCUUCUGUACUUGCGCAAACUGUUAUUUGGUCGGUAAAUUGGGAGAAGCUGGACGUUUUCUUGAAAAUAAAUAA